AUGGCAAGCAACAAGAUUUCUAUGCCGAAGGAACUGGCUGAGCCUGAAUCGGACCAAGAUUUUGACUUUCUUGAGUUUCUAUUGAAGUAUGUGUACACCGACCCAGAACAGCGACGCAGCCUUCCCAUGCCGCUUGCCCGUCCCAUCGCACAGACUUGGAAAGAAUGGUUUAUGGAGAAGGGCAUAACUUGGAUAUCUGCUCGAGGUAGCACCAGUGGAAAAUUUGCUACCGGUCUCAUUGAACUUUUUGCAGCGGUCGUAGUUGCCAAUUAUCUGUCUGGGGCUUGGAAUUGGAAUUGUUCUCUCGGAAAAGACAAAUCUGACAAUACAAACCCUAAACGAAAAUGGGAGGAACCGAAAAAUGGAGAAAAGCGGGAAACGAAAAUCGGAAAAAGCAGAGCAAAUUUCGAGAACGAGGAAAAGUAG